AUGGAAUUAAGAAAAGCCGAGGGGGUUGUUGACGUCUUCAAGACUGUCAUGCUGGUCUAUAUCGGAGGCCCAAUAACAGUGGUGGGAAUUAUCACCAGUAUUCUCAGCCUCCUAAUGUUUAAACGAGACACCGCCACCUCGGCCAGUACUCGCCUUCUGCUCUCUGCAAUCGCUGUAGUGGAUAUCCUCUUCCUGGCCUGCUGCUUCAUAUUCUGGACCAUCAGGGGCAUAUUCGGUGAAAGCCCAGCCUUCGCCGCCUUCAUGGACAGUCCCUUCGUCUACGGUUUCCUCUUCUACGUCUGCAACGUCUUUGAGAUGGUGCGAAAUUGGCUGAUUGUGGUGCUGGCCGUGGAGCGACUGCUCUUCUUCAUGAAACCCCUCGAGUUCAAGAGUAUUUGGUGUCUGUCACGUGUCCGCGGCAUCAUAAUUGCGGUCAUUCUGCUCUCACUCCUCGUCCGUUUACCCGUGCUGCUCUUCGGCAUUGCCAAACACGACAGCCAUUUGGACCAAGGCGUGACUCGCACCACCAGACUGAUACACGCGCUGACAGACUGUCUCGUGCUCACCACCCUGCCGGUGACUGUGAUGAUUGUGCUCUCCACCCUGACAACCGCUCGUGUGCGCGCAAUGAUUGAGAUGAAACGUCAAGUCCGUAAGCCAUCAGAGACGCCUAAGGAAGAGAAAAAGGAGGCGCCAACUGCCGCGACGGCUGCUUCCGGAUGCCCUUCUUCUGGAGAUAAGCCGAACGCGCAACAAAAACACCACCGUAUCAUCAAGAUUCUACACACGGUUCUCAUCACCUUUAUCAUUUUCUGCUCUCCGGCGGUCCUCACAACAUCAGUUCACGCUUAUGUGGCCUUCCACAACAUUACCAGCGGCCCGGUAGAGUUGGCCUCGAAAAUACUAUCGCCCAUCUCAAAUGCGGGCUCAUUGCUGAAUUCGACGUCCAACUUUUUCGUGUACAUCAUCCAGAGCAGGCGAUAUCAGCGGAUAAUAGUUGAGAUGUUGGCGUUGGAUCGGUGUGGCUUCAAAAAGCUCUUAAAAGUAACAAAUAAACUCUCCGGAAGUACUAAUGCCUCGGACUGA